AAAUAUGUUGCUGUUCUGCCCGACGUGUGGCAAUGUGCUGAUAGUGGAAGAGGGGCAGAAAUGCUACAGGUUCGCCUGUAAUACGUGUCCUUAUGUGCACAAUGUUAAUCGGAAGGUCACUAGUAGAAAAUAUCCCAACCUGAAGGAAGUUGAUGAUGUUUUGGGAGGCUCUGCUGCAUGGGAAAAUGUAGACUCAACAGCUGAAACAUGCCCGAAAUGUGAGCACCCACGCGCGUAUUUCAUGCAGAUCCAAACCAGGUCAGCUGAUGAACCAAUGACUACAUUUUACAAAUGCUGUAAUUUGCAGUGUGGACACAGAUGGAGAGACUAAUCCUUUGUUCUAGCUUCUUAACAAGUGUACAGUGUUUGAAACCUGAAUGAAAUGUUUAUUUAAAGUAUAUUAUAUUAUACAGGGUGAUUCAAAAGUCGCAGUACACCCUUUUGUUUCAAAAACUGUGCAGGAAUGGGAAAACUGAAUACUCCAGUAAGGUAUGGGUGAGGUGGGAUAUCUUUUAGGGUACGUACCGAACAUGGGCGCCAUCUUAAAAUCUGCCAUCUUGAAUCUAAGACAGUUUUUUCAAAUUUCCUGCACCGUUUUUGAAACCAAAGGGUGUACUGCGACUUUUGAAUCACCCUGUAGAUCUGUUGUACUGAAGCGUGCCAACACAGCCUAUUGCUGACUGUUUUGGUGUUUGUUAACCUAGUUACGUUUUGCAUCCCACAAAAGAACAUUCUCUAAACUCAAAAGAAAAAGAAAACAAAUUGGGUGGAACCUUACGAUGAAAAGUAUUUAAAUAAUAUUGUUCAUAUUAUCAAUAUUGUUCAUAUUUACUAUCAAAUAAGUUCUGGCUAUGCUUGAUUUAAUCAGUAUACUAUUUUUUUUUUUUUAACUGUAAAUAAAAGGUUGACAUUUUUGUAAUACAUGAAGUUAAACUAAAAGAAAAAUACCUAACUUAAAAUAGCUUUGAUUUUGUAUUAUAAAAAUGUAAGUUAAUUCUCUAUAUGCUGUUAUUUUGACUCCGUGCUUUUGAAAUGUAUAAAGAGCAAAAAUCUCUUGUGCAAGUUUUGUGCAACCUAAAUAAAAUGAAUAAAUAUG